UGAUCCCGCGAGAUUUCGGUUAGUUUAGUUGAGUAAACGCCACGUCUUAUUCUCAGCCAUCAGCAGCAUCAACGUAGGCAGAAAGAUUGGUAGUUCUGAGCGCAGGAUAGACGGUUAUCAAGUGGCAGACACUCACUGAUAUCUGACACUAUCUGGGUUUUAAUAUGGGCUGUGUACGUCUGCUGGCACUGACAUUGGCAGCAUCUGCAGUACUAUUGUUAGCAUCUCAUUUAGCCACUGCUCACAGCCAUUCCCAUGGUGACCAUGGACACACCCACUCCCACGGCCACCACGGCCACUCCCACGGAGAGGAUGAUCAUCACGGGCACUCCCAUGGCUCUCAGGUGAAGAUGUUCCACGGAGCAAGCAAGUGGAGCGCUGAAGCCAACCUGCAGGAAGAGGAGCAUCACGAUCACGGUCACGAUCACGGACACGAUCACGGACACGAUCACGGCCACGGCCACUCUCAUGAUCACGGACACGAUCACGGCCACGGCCACUCUCAUGAUCACGUACACGAUCACGGACACGGCCACUCUCAUGAUCACGGACACGAUCACGGACACGGCCACUCUCACGAUCACGGACAUGAGGAUGCUCAUCGUGAGAAUGUUGUUCGAGUACAUAAGGAGGGAGGUGGACACGGGCACUCACACGGAGGGGAGAGGACGAAGAGGGAGGCGGGGCGCGAGAAGAGGAACACGGUGGAGCUGUGGACACAGGCUGUCGGAGCCACCCUGCUGAUCAGUGCAGCUCCCUUCCUCAUCCUGUUUCUGAUCCCAGUUCAGUCCAACAGCGACCAGCACCAGAAUCUGCUCAAAGUGCUGCUGAGCUUCGCGUCUGGUGGAUUGCUGGGUGACGCCUUCCUCCACCUCAUACCACAUGCUCUGGAGCCCCACUCACAUCACGGAGAUGGGGAUCAUGGACACUCACAUGCAACUGAAGAGUCACAUGACCAUGGCCACUCUCACGGAGCCGCCCACGGUCAUAUGAUGUCUGUGGGUCUUUGGGUUCUCGGUGGGAUCAUUGCUUUCCUAGUGGUGGAAAAAUUUGUGCGUCUGCUGAAGGGAGGACAUGGCCACGGACACUCCCAUGGACACUCUCACGUUGCUGCCAAAGAGAAGGACAGUGAUGGAGAGGAGGAAAAAGAAAAGAAGAAGAAGGAGAAGAAAGAAGGCAAAGAUCAGAAACCAUCAAAGAAAGAGGAGAAAAAGAGUACAGAUAUCAAGGUGUCUGGUUACCUAAACCUGGCAGCUGACUUCACACAUAAUUUCACUGAUGGUUUGGCAAUUGGAGCUUCAUUCUUGGUUGGUCCAGCUGUGGGCACCGUCACCACCAUCACCAUCCUGCUUCAUGAGGUCCCGCAUGAGAUCGGAGACUUUGCCAUCCUCGUCCAGUCUGGCUGCACCAAGAGGAAGGCCAUGUGUCUACAGCUGCUGACCGCUCUGGGAGCUCUGGCUGGGACGGCUUGCUCACUGUUGGCUGAAGGCGUGGGUGCCGCUGCCACCGCCUGGAUCCUGCCCUUCACGGCUGGCGGAUUCGUUUACAUCGCCACAGUGACGGUGCUCCCAGAGCUGCUGGCGGGCCGCUCCAGUUUCGGCCAGUCUCUACUGGAAAUUCUGGCCCUGCUGUUCGGAGUCGGCAUGAUGGUGCUGAUCGCGGAGUACGAGUGAGGCGCUGCAGAGCACACAGACUUCUUACAGCGCAGGGGAUGGAGAGACAGAGAGAGAGAAGAGGUCAAACGGUUUAAAAAGCCUUUUCACGUAGAGAUCGUGGAUUAUUUUUGUCAAAGGUGUGUUUCCUUGUUUGUUUCUUUGUUGUUGUUUUUUGUUUUUUAAAUCGAGUUGUAUUUUGGCACAAACUUGAUGGAAAGUGGAAAAACGGAUGAUGUUUUUGUUGUCUAGUGUCUGUUUUUCUUAACAGUUCAUGCGCACAUCCCUGAUUUCUGUUAAUACUUUGUGAUUUUUGAGAGGAGUAGUGCUAACUUCUGGAGUGUUAACACUGCUCCACUAAAGAAACUGACAGCUGGAAGAAAUAACAUGAGUGGAAAGAUUUUUGAGAAAGGGAAGGAUGUGGAUGUGGACUCUGUUUGUACACUGGCUCAGUAUCAACUUACCAUCUUCACUACAUCGACCAUCCGGCCGCCAUCUAACUACAUGCUGAGCUGACAAGUAACUUCCCUCUAAGUCAGAAACAUUUUCCAUCUGAAUCCAUAUCAGUUUAAGAUGUAACAGAUCUUCUGUUCAUUUUAGGGUUUGGUGAGUGAAUGAGUGGAGAAAGUGCUGGUGUUGCUCUCACUGAAGUGACUCAGUGCUCUGUUCUACUUGAUUAAUGUGUGUUUAGUUUGAAUGUACCAAAUCUCAAUAUUUUUACAUUCCACACAAUAAAAGUAAAUGUGGCUUUUACGCAUGUGCUACAAAUGGCAACAUAAUUACUCUGAAAUGAUUAAACUCUCACCUGGUUGUUUAUUAAAGUAGAAGCAGUUUUAACAUUCCUAACCAAACUAUUUUUUUCCAGCUGAUGACAAAGAAUGAAUAAAACACUUUGAGCUGUUCUGAAAUCCUCAAUAAAGGGUAAUUAUUUUCAAA